UUCGAAGGCAUGGAGGCACUUUUCAUCAAACCAACAAUUUUGAUUUAUUGUAACAAUAUUGUGUUUGAAUAAACGGUUGCCAAGUAACAAGAUCUUCUGGAUUUGAUAUUAUGAAGUCUGUCCUUUGUGUUGGAUUCACACCUUUUUUUCAUUUUAAGGUCAAAGAGAAAGAGAUCCUUUUGUAUCAUGUCUUUUUUAUGAUAUUUGGAAGCUUUCAGCCUUCACCUAAAACAUAAAAACACCAACAAGAUGUCAAACAUGGACGUGAAUUUGUGUCGCCUCGCCUGCCUUCUGUGCGCAGGAAGAGGCCUGCCGCACAACUCAACUCGAACCUGAAAAAAAAAAACCCCGCACUGACAGCUUGUGAAACUUCUGAUAAUUUCACCCGCAGAGUCACAGAAGUGUGUCACGUGGGGGCGUGAGGAGACGCAUGAGCACCAGCGCAGUGAGAACGAGAAGUAGCACAGGAAGUCAGCCGGGUUUCUUAUUCAGACACAAGUCCGACGCCUCAGACUCUUCCAGAGCCGCCGACUGUUCUUCUCGAGGGCUCCGUUACACCAGCAGGCUGGAGGGGGGCCUCGGGUCCGGGCUGCUGAGGAGGAUUUCUUCCAGAAAGUCUCAGCAGCGCAACAACCAGCGGCUUCCGGCUCAGGAGGCCAAUGACAUGGGGGUUAGCGGAGACGACGGCGGGCCGGGGGGGCGGCUGAGAUGCAGACUGUCCCGCCUGGGCAGCAGGCAUCAGUCCAGGGAUCCACAGAGGCCCCCUGCUCAGCCGGAGAGACUUCCUGCUGCGCCCGACCCGCCCGCUCAGCAAGACGCCUGGCCUUCUCCACCGGCUCCGGCUCCGGCUCCUCUCCCGUCCCCCAUCGUAACGCCACCGAAGCGCCCAGAAAAAGCCACUAAGCCCAAACCUCCCGCCCGGCCGCUGUCCAAGGUGUUCAGCAGCACGGACCACGGAGCAGAUGUGUUGAAGGGCUUCGAUGCAUUUCGGGCAGAUGACACCCUCUGUGAUGUUGUCUUGGUCCCCGGGGACAGCGGGGACACUUUCCCCGUCCACAGAGUCAUCAUGGCUUCCUGUAGCGACUAUUUUAAGGCGAUGUUCACAGGAGGCAUGAGGGAGCAGGAGAUGAGAGAGAUCAAGCUGCACGGCGUCACUAAGUUGGGUUUAAAGAACAUCAUAGACUUCAUUUACACAUCCAAAGUGUGCCUCGACAUGGGUAAUCUCCAGGACACUCUGGAGGCUGCAAACUUCCUGCAGGUCAUGCCCGUCCUGAGCUUCUGUAACCAGCUCCUCAGCAGCGAGAUCACUAUUGAUAACUGUGUGGAGGUGGAGCGCAUCGCCGCAGACCUACACCUGGAGGACGUCCAGCUAAACAUAGGUGAGUUUGUGAGCCAGAACCUCUCGGCGCUGGUGGAGUCCGGCCGCUACCUCCAGCUCUCUAAAACCAGCGUGGCCAUCGCGCUGUCCAGCAACUCCCUGAAGGGGUUCUCCGAGAUGGAGCUCUACCACAUCGCCAGGGCGUGGCUGGACCACGACCCCCCCAGUCGCCGCUCCUACGUCCACGCCUUGAUGCGCCACAUUCGCUUCCCGCUGAUGAGCCCCAGCGAGCUCAUGCAGAUCUCCCAGGAGGACGACGGGGAGUCCGUCAUGCGCUCGGAUGCGGCCUGUGUCAACCUGCUGCUGGAGGCCAGCAACUACCAGAUGAUGCCUUUCAUGCAGCCGGCUCUGCAGACCGAGCGGACGCAAAUCCGCUCCGACGACACCCACAUCCUGGCCCUGGGCGGCGUGAUGCGGCAGCAGCUGGUGGUGAGCCGCGAGCUGAGGCUGUACGACGACAAGACCGGCCACUGGAGGGCCCUGAAGCCCAUGGAGGCGCCGCGGUACCAGCACGGCGUGGCCCUGCUCGGCGGCUUCCUCUUCAUCGUUGGAGGCCAGAGCACUUACGACACCAAGGGUAAGACGGCCAUCGACAGCGCCUACCGCUACGACCCGCGCUUCGACAAGUGGCUUCAGAUUGCCUCCCUCAACGAGAAGAGGACCUUCUUCCACCUGAGCACGCUGAAGGGGAAACUGUACGCAGUCGGGGGGAGGAAUGCCACGGGAGAGAUCGACACGGUGGAGUGCUACGACCUGAGGAAAAACGAGUGGACAAACGUGAGCAACAUAAAGGAGCCUCACUACGGACACGCCGGAACGGUUCACGGGGACCUCAUGUACAUCUCGGGUGGAAUCACCCGGGACACCUUCCAGAAGGAGCUGUGGUGCUACGAUCCCGUCGCCGACGCGUGGGGUCGCAGAGCCGACAUGAAUGACCUGCGCGGGCUGCACUGCAUGUGCACGGUGGGCGACCGGCUCUACGUCAUGGGCGGGAACCACUUCCGGGGCAGCAGCGACUACGACGACGUCCUGGCCUGCGAGUACUACAGCCCGGAGGCCGACCAGUGGACGGUGGUGGCGCCUAUGUCCCGCGGCCAGAGCGACAUCGGCGUGACGGUGUUCAACGGGCAGGUCUACGUGGUGGGGGGUUACUCCUGGAACAGCAGGUGCAUGGUGGACAUCGUGCAGCGGUACGACCCGGAGCAGGACGAGUGGGACCGCGUGUUCAACGUGCUGGAGCCUCUGGGGGGGAUUCGAGCCUGCACCAUGACGGUUCACCUGCCGGAGGGGUCGGUGGACGAGGCUCAGAUGCAGGAGGGCCCGCUGCCCACGGGCAAGAGCUGAUGCUUCACCACAGGCCGGGUGGGGGGGCUCUGAUUCACCUGCAUGCGAGGCACAGCUUCCUGUCUCUUCCUGCUCGUCUCCCUUCUUUCUCAAAACGGGUCUCACAGUCACAUCAAAUUAAGCUUCUA